AUGACGCCGCAUCCGCAGACACCGGGCCAGCCCCGCGUCACCCUCAGCAAGAAGGCAGCAGCCCCAGCCCCGGCUCGUCUGGGCGUUUUGGGCGGUGCUUACAAUCCCAUCACCCUGGCGCAUCUGGCCGUUGCCGAAGCUGCCAUGGCGCGUUUCGGCAUCGACGAGGUGCUGUUUCUGCUGCCGCAGGUGCCGCCGCACAAAACGAUCUUCGGCGCCUCCCUGGAGCAGCGUCUGGAAAUGAUGCGAUUGGCGCUUGAGGACGCCCCGUAUGCCGCCGUGGGGCUCAGUUCCCACGGCCUGUUCGUCGAUAUGUACGAGGGUUUGCUGGCAGUCUAUCCGCAGCGUCCGCAGGUGUAUUUUCUCACCGGCCGCGACGCCGCUGAACGCAUCCUUGCCUGGCACUACGACGACGCCGAAGAGGCUCUGAAACGUAUGUUCGAAUCCUUUCAAUUCAUCGUCUGCUCGCGUCAAGGGGCUUUCAGCCUCCCGGACGACCCGCUUCUGACGCCGUACCGCGACCGCAUCCAUAGCUGCCCUCUGCCGCCGCAGGCCGACGCGAUUUCCGCCACCGAAGUGCGUGAGCGGUGCGAACGGGGUCUGCCCAUCGACGACCUCGUGGCCGCCCCCGUGGCCGAUUACAUCGCGGCGCACAAGCUGUAUGCAGCCUCAUCUUCCAUGCAAGGUAUCGACCCAUGCACAUAG